AUGAGUUUCCAGGAUGAGAGCGGCAGCAAUGGAGCGGCAAUGCCAACUGAAGCAGAAGGAGAGUCUAGUCUGGCGGCGGUACACAGUGCCUCUGAAGUACCGCCGGUGUCGGCUGCAUCGCAAGAUGUAUACAGCAAUGGUGUUUCCGUACAUGCCGCCCAACCCCGUCGGCCAUUUUCUCCCAUGGCCGGGCGUUGUACAGAAGUGUCACUUGCUGAAACGAUAUCUGCAGUAAGAGCCAUUGCUUCAAUUGCGCCGCCAGUAGCCUGGGAACCCAAUGGUGUACACCUUGAGGGCCUUGUGAACAUGGGCGUUUCGCGAAAUGCCGCCGUUAAGGCAUUGUACGCAACAGGCAAUGCUGUUGCUGAUGAAGCCUUGUCCUGGGUUAUUGAGCACGUGGAUGAUCCCGACCUCAACGACGAACCCAAUAUUGCCGGCUAUUUCCCUGAAGCAGCAGUGGCGCCGGUCAUGCCUAUGGAAGUGGAUACCUACAAGAUGGUGCUUGUGGUUAACAUGUCCUUGAAGAUGGGCACCGGCAAGAUUGUCAGCCAGGCUGGACACGCUGUGCUAGCACUUUACAGUGCUAUGCGCGACAUGGGCUCGCCUAUUGAUAACUGGCUGGCCGCCUGGGAGUCACGUGGGAGCAAGAAGAUUGCCGUCCGGGCACAGGACACUGCUGCACUGCAGGCCUUGUUGGCCAAGGCACACGCGCUACUGCUGCCCUCACUGCUGAUCUCGGAUGCGGGCAGGACACAGGUGCCAGCUGGCUCAACCACCGUCAUGGUUGUUUUCGGCCCGUCGUCGCAGGUCGACGCGGUCACCGGUCACUUGAAGCUGCUGUGAGUGUCGCCCGUCUUUCCCCCUAUCGCAAGCGCUAUGGUGUACGUCAGAUCCGGCAGGUGUGCCCAAUCCUCUCGCAGCGCCUUGCCGAACCACUGCUCAUCUUGAUGUUGAUGGCGACCGGACGUGAGAGUGAAGGUGUGAGUAGGAACACUGGCUGUCCACCGCCACUCUCUGCAUGUCGCUUGUGCUGAAUUCCGCUUCUCUCGGUCGCCGCAUGAAAGCUAAUAACAACGCCCUGCUGCCGCUACUACUGCUGCACUCUUGAGUGGAGGCACUAGUACUCCACUGCUUUCACAAGAAGUCACAUGGGAGUAAAGAUACACUGCCGUACGGACUUAUGAUCAGUGGUCCGUGUACCAACAACGAAGGCUCUAGAACUACAAAGAAAACAGAGGUGGAAGACAAGACUACCUGGAUUCGUGUUGGGCCUCCUACUAACUGAAUAUCAACUCUGGCGCUGCUGCUCCGGUGUAAGCAGAGUUUGUGCGGCCAUGGAAGCUGCUCAGCUGGCGAGUCAAGCCGGUGUACAUCUACUCGACAUGCUCUCCUCGGCGAGUUGACCAUGCCGUACGCCAAGCUCUGCUGCUGCUGCCAUCUGUCUUGCGUCACGAUCCUGAGUGUGCUGACAGGAAGACUCUCCCUUGCACAGCUGCCGGCGGUAAGCAGACUACUGGUGUGUCCUGUCGUGGAAGCUGCUCAGCUCGCGAGCCAGGUCACUGUGUAUCUACUCUAUGUUACAUGUCCUCGGUAGAGCUGGUAUACGCCAUGCUCCAACCUCUACAUGUCCUCGGGAGAGUUGGUAUACGACAUGCGCCGACAUCUGCUUCCACCCGCCCCGCGUCACAAUCCCGAGUGUGGAGCAGGCGACUCUCCCUUGCACACAUCCCGGUCCUGAGUCAUUUCAGUGAGUGAAGAAGCACUCACAUGCACCAUAGUUCAACUGAACACCUAACCACUGGAUUACGUCACUGGACAGUGGACAUCUACUUAUUCUUCUUUCGAUAUAUUUUUUCUUCUUCUGGGAAAUACAUAGUAGUUCUGGUCGUGGAAGCAUUUGAAUUUUUUUACCUACAUACCCGUAUAUUAUCUUGAAUUGAAGCUUUUCAAGUUUGGUCUA